UCACCCACUCCGGCUUCCGUAGCCGUCGACCGAGGAAGGAUGGCCGGCUGGUUGUGGUUCCGCUGCCUGUUCGGGCCCAGCCUGCACCGGAUCCACCGCCCGCUCGAGCAGCCCCGACCUGAGGGAAGAGCCGGGAGGCGGGGUUGGGAUUAUCAGCCGAAAACUUUGGAAAGACACACAGACAGUAUCCUCGGUUGGGCCUCAGCACUGUGGUCCCUGUCUUAUUACAGCUCUCCUCUCAUCCUCUGCUAUCUGUACAGGAAAGGCUACAUCUGCAGCAGUAAACUAGCCCCAUACAGUCAGUACGUGGGUACGGUGCUGGUGUGUUUGCUGGGAGUUGCCUGUCUCAGAGGCUGGGGUCGCUGGAGAAACCCUGAGUAUCUGCAGUUCAUGACCAUUCUGGAGGAGACCAGGAAGAGCCACACACCCAGCAACAAGAAAAAACUCGCCAGCUAUGACUUCGACUUCUCACACUGGCCUGCAGACUUCAGCUGGAAAGAAGUCAGCAAUCCAAAGUUGUCUAAAGGGGGCGUGUCCCUUCUGAAGCCAGAGCCCAAACACAGAGGGGCCGCAGACAGCCUGCUGAAUUCAGUACGAACACUUCCAUGCCACAUUAUUAGUUAUCUUAUAGCUCACUCGUUUGGCCGGAGGAUGCUGUACCCAGGCUCUGUGGGUCUGCUCCAGAAGGCCAUGAGACCAAUGCUGCAACAGGGCCAAGCCAGGCUUAUUGAGGAGUAUGAUGGACAGCGGAACAAGUUGGUGGCGUGUGAUGGUAAUGAGAUUGACACCAUGUUUGUGGAUCGAAGGGGACAAAGAGGACCACACGGGAAAACUCUGGUGAUCUGCUGUGAGGGCAAUGCAGGCUUCUACGAGGUGGGCUGCAUGAACACUCCACUGGAUGGUGGGUACUCAGUACUGGGAUGGAAUCAUCCAGGGUUUGCAGGCAGUACAGGUGUGCCUUUCCCUCAGAACGAGGCUAAUGCGAUGGACGUGGUCAUUCAGUUCGCUGUACACAAACUGGGCUUCCAGUUACAUGAUAUAGUUGUGUACGCCUGGUCUAUAGGGGGCUUCACAGCCAGUUGGGCAGUGAUGUCAUAUCCUGAGAUCCGUGCUCUGGUUCUAGAUGCCUCGUUUGAUGACCUCUUGCCUCUCGCCCUAAAAGUCAUGCCUGACAGUUGGAGGCCGCUGGUGACCCACACCGUCCGGCAGUACAUGAACCUGAACAACGCAGAGCAGCUCUGCAAGUACCAGGGACCAGUCCUAUUGAUCCGAAGAACCAAAGAUGAGAUCAUCACAACCACGGGACCAGAGGACAUCAUGUCCAACAGAGGCAAUGACCUUCUUCUCCGGCUACUCCAGUACAGGUAUCCUAAGGUGAUGACGGAGGACAGUCUCAGAGCAGUCAGACAGUGGCUGUCUGCAGGGUCGCAGAUAGAGGAAGCGUCUGUGUAUUCCGGGUACGAGGUUGAUGACGACUGGUGUCUGUCUGUACUCCAGUCCUAUCAGACAGACCGAGAAACACCUUUCCCUUGGAGCGUCGGUGAGGACAUGAUGCUGGAAGGCAGACGGCAGCUUGCUCUUUUCCUGGCUCGAAAGUACAUGAGGAAUUUUGAGACGACGCACUGCACUCCGCUCCCCAUCACUGAGUUCCACGUGCCCUGGAAGCUCUAGAGAGCUGCCGGAGAAGAGAGGGACGGAGAGAAAGCCACAGAACAAGAGAACCUGAGGACCUCGGACGGAAUUCGGUGUCAAAGUUCUGGUUGUUGAGAUGGUGUUUUUGUUGGUCGUCUGCAUGGUUUGGUAGUUUCUUCGUUUUUAUAAUUUAAAUUCAGGUUAUUUUUGGAUAAUGUUGUUCUGGGACACUGUUGUGUUUUAAGGUUGCUGAUGAUGAAGACGGUAAAGGUUGGUGCUGCCUGGGCGUCAAGCUUCCCUGGCUUAUGAAGUUAUGAAGGGAUUCAGCCAAUCCCUUUUUCUCUCAGACCAGUUUUUCUUUCGUCCUCUGUUUUGUGAUCACUCUUCUGAACCCGAUGUAAAUCAAAUAAUGCCCUGAUGAAUGUUAUUAUAUUAAAAAUGCAUAAUAAA